UGCGGGGGGCGGGAGAGCGCGGGUAGGCAGCGCCCCGCGUGCAGGGCGCGGCGGGCCGCGCGGCCGCUCCUCCCGCAAGGCUGCGCGGCUGGGCGGCGGGGCCGACGAGCGCCCGGCAUGUCGCAGGGGCUCCCGGCCGCCGGCAGCGUCCCGCCGAGGAGCGUCGCGGCGCCGGGGAACCAGUCGCAGCCGCAGAGCCCUGAGGAUGAUGACAGGAAGGUCCGAAGGAGAGAGAAAAACCGCGUUGCUGCUCAGAGAAGUCGGAAGAAGCAGACCCAGAAGGCUGACAAACUCCAUGAGGCUAAAGCCGGGAAAAGUACCGCAAGCCUCCAGCCCGUGCCAUCCCCUCGUCUCCUGAGACAUCCUGGCCAAGCCCUCACUCUGAGCAGCCCUGCCUGUAGACCUCCAGUCGGCUCCACGGAAACCAUACUGCAAAGCUGGUGUGUGUAUGUCAUUCUAAUGCAAAAACGAGGAAGUGAGAUGAUUUCUUAUGACCUUUUGGACAAUUUGCUAAUUACUGGUGGACACUAACUGCUAAAGAAUAAAGAUUCGUUAAUAUCUAACAGAGAAGAAGUAUGAACAAAAACAAAAGUCCUAUUUUCCCUUCUAUUGUAUAGGAUAAUCAUUGUGAAGUUAAGUAACAAUUAGGCCUUAAGUCCUACUGAUGGCAUUCAAUAGUUAAAUGUGGGUUCUUGGUGUGAAAUGUAUUGUUAAAAAUUCGGAAGUAAGUUUGGAGCUAACUUUCAACUGAUGACCACAACCUCUAUAUCAGCUGCCUCAGUUUCCCCCAUACCAGUGAAUUCUCCAUUCUUCAAAAUGCCUCCACUUUCCCAUCUCUCUCCUGUCAUGUUUAACCCCUGUCUCCUCAAAUUCCAGCUCCUUCUUGAAACCUCUUGUAAUCUACCUAGUCCAAACUCUGUAGCACUUUGUCACACACAGGUUGCUCUGUAUUCGACCUAAAAAUCCAUUUUUUCCUUCUGAUUUAAAAAUAAUUAAAAUACUUGGAAAGCCCUCAAAAGC